AUGGGAGUUCAUAAAUUUCGAUAUAGUUAUAAUAUAAUAUUUAGUGAUGUUUGCAAGACCAGAUUUAAUCAUUUAGUUACGAGAUUGUUAUUUAUUAUAUCCGUUUUUGAAGGUAUACUAAUAUCUAUUUUAUCCGAAAGGAAAAAUAAUCAACAAUAUGCAUUUUCAAUAGUUGAAAAUAUUUUAUUUUUUAUUGCAAAAUCUAUUGCAUUAUAUUUUAUCUCUAUAUUUAUUGUUAUUACUAGAAAAAAUUAUUUGCAUGUUGAUUCUUUAGGCUAUUCAAGUUUUAGUACCCAAUUGUUAGGUCAGAUAUUUCAAUUUAAAUUUCUUUUAUAUCAAGUUUUGUUUACAAUAGGAACACUUACUUUGGCUUUAGUAAUGAGUGAUUUAAAUUUUAUUGGUUCGAAUAAUUUUACAAAGUUAGAAUUGGUUUAUUUUAAACAAUUUGUAUGGUUACUUAUUCCAUUAAUUUAUAAUUUGCAACAUAAUGUUUUUGAUAUGGAUAAACUAAUUUUUAUAUUUGAUAGACAAUUUCAAUUACCACAAUUGAUUAUAUCGAACAAUAUAUCCUUUAUAUUCUCAAGAACCUUUGUAAUGAGUACCGUUAUUAUGAUAACAUCCCAUUUCUUAUCAUUCAUUACUUUAGGUAGUUGGUUGAUUGGAUUCGUAUUAUCUAUUAAGUUGUUUGUUUUCACAUUUAUCAUCUUAUAUCAUUUUGAAUUAAUCAAUUUAUCAUUUAAUGCACAUAUGACAAUGGGUUGCUUACAUAAGGGUAAGCCAAUAUCUUCAUUAUCUUCAACACCAAUGGAGACUUUAAUUACUGGGUUACAAUCUAAAAAGCCAUUCACAAAAUUAACAGCAUUUCAAGAAUUGGCAUAUAGAGCAACCUCAAACGAUGUUAAUUUAAGGUUACCAAUAUACAAUAAUGUCAACAUUACUAAUAAUAUCAACAUUAACAACAAUCGCGAUGGUUAUAGUUACAAUGGUAAUAGUUUUAAUGAUUUUUCAUUAGGAUUAAACGAUGGUGCUAAAUAUAACGUUUGGUCAGUGAUUUUAAGUGAAUGUUUUAAAGUAAUUAAUGACUCUAAUACAAAAGUUGCCGAUUAUUUAUUGGCUUUGGAACAAGUUAAUAUAUUUAAUCAAAGAAUAUCAUUUGAUUACAAGGAUUACAGGUUAUCUGGGCAUGGGGAUAGCCGUGGCGACAUUGAUAAAUCUCGUUUAGAACGCAUCAAAGAGGAUACGGAAAUAUUAUUUGGUAAUGAUCCAAUUAAUAACCCUGGGAGAAAUAGUAAAAAUAAUAAUGGUAAUAAAGAUUUUGAUAUAAAGGACAGAUAUGAAAGUCAAAAUAAUAGAAGAUCUCGGUAUUCUAAUGGACACAAUAAUUUCAAAUUUACUAACUCCUAUGAUAAAUAUAAUGAAUCUAUAUUAACUCAUGAUACAAAGUUGACAAGAAUUAUCAAAUUAUUUUGGGUCAAACUGUCAAAUUAUUUUGUUACAUUUUUUUUUCCAAUAACCAAAAAUAAUGGUAGUGGGGAAAAAUCUUCCGUAUCAUUGUCAUUGUUUGAAGUAUGGUAUUUGUCAAAGGAAAGACGUGCAGACAAACUAAUACCUAUUCCAAUAUACCAUGCGGAAAGUAUUAUAUCUAUUAUGGGAUUCUUAAUUAAUGGUAUCAAUGAAUCACCAAGAGGUAAUGUUGUUGCAUCUGUUGGGGAUGUGUUGAAGAUUUUGGAGAGAUCUGUUGGAAUUCUCGGGAAAUAUACAGAUUGGAGACCAAAUGGAUUAUCUAAGAUUACAAAUAAUAAUAAUAAUAAUAAUAAUAAUAAUACAAGUAAAAGUAUAGAGAGGGAAAACAUAGGUGUAUUCAAAGAAGAUACAGAGAGCACAUUAGAUGAACAAAACAUUAACGUCAUCAGCAUAUUAUACGAAUUUUCUAUUAGUGCCUUCUUAGAAAUAGUGUUAAAGUAUAAUGUGUUACUGAAUGAUGUUGAACUAGAUGAAGAUGUUGUGAAGUUAAGUAAAUGGGUAUUGAAUAUGUGUGAAUCUACCCAAUAG